AUGGUAUCUUUUGAUGUUACGUCGCAUUUUACUUCUAUUCCCCAGGACCUGGCGAUCGAGACGAUCGAGCUGCUUCUGCAAAGCAAAUACGAUGAAACGGAGAAUCGUCUUGGACGCGCCCAAGUCCUUCAGCUCCUGAAGUUCUGUCUCAGGACGUACUUCACGUUCGACGGGACAAUCUACGAACAGGUGAAGGGCACACCAAUGGGUUCGCCGAUUUCGGGAUUCAUCGCCGAGGCUGUCCUGCAACGGUUAGAGUCGCUGGUCUUCCAACACCACAAACCGAAGUUCUGGGCCCGGUAUGUGGGUGGUACCUUCAUCGUUAUCGACCGGGAUCAGCUGCUGACAUUCAAGGAACAUCUGAAUGCGGUCCUCCCGGACAUACAUUUUACGAGGGAGCAGGUAGAGAACAACCAGCUGGCCUUCCUGGAUGUCCUCGUAUGCCGCGAAGAUUGUGGUGGACUAAAGACCAAAGUGUUCAGGAAGGCGACAAAUACUAUGUUAAUACUGAACUUCAACAGCAGCCACCUAAUCAGCCCCAAACGCAGUUGUGUAAGGACGCUCUAUCGGCGUGCCGAAACGCACUGUAAUGAGGCCGGAGACAAGAUAGCCGAACUACAAUACCUCCGAUGGGUCUUCAAAGCCAAUGGCUACCCGCACAACUUCGUCAACCGGUGCAUACGCAAAAGGGACGAAAGGUCUAACCGCACGGACACCAAAUCUUGGCGGGCACUUCUGUAUGUCAAGAACGUUUCGGAAGCUGUCGGCCGCCUUCUCGCACCACUUGGGGUUGGAGUGGCGCACAGACCGGAGGCAACCAUCAGGCGUCUGGUCAUGAAACCGAAAGACCCACUGCCACGGCUAGAAACGUCUGGAGUCGUUUAUCGGAUCUGGUUCAGUUGCGGACAAAGCAACUACGUCGGAGAAACCGAAAGACAGCUCCGAACGAGAAUGGCCGAACACGCGGCAGCGGUGCGCAGAAAUGACGCCAGCUCUCAAGUUGCGGCUCAUUCGACGAGAUUCGGCCACACAUUCAAAUUCGACAAGGCCGAAAUUCUCGCAAGAGGUGACAACCGCGUGAGCCGGGAGCUACUGUAA